GAGUCAUACCCUGCUUCACAUUCUAGGGUUCAAACGUCAAGUUCCAAUCGACUUUGAUUCAUUCCAUUGAUCAUUGAAAUCGCACAUCGCCAAUCCAAUUCAAUUUUACUCGAUUCUGCUAGAGAUCGGUUACAAUCUUCAUGAUAUUCAUCUAGAUGCAAAUGGCGAACACAGGGGAAGAUGAAUAUGACGCAGUUUUGAGCGAUGUGGAGGAGGACGAAUCGGCGGAGAUUGAUGUUAAGACUCUGCCACCGGAGGAUGUCUCCCCCGAGAAAUUCCGGGAGCUCCUCGCCGAGCUCGAUCGCGAGAGGCAGCUGCGCGCGGCCGCCGAGAGUAGCAAAUCGGAGUUGCAGGUCUCCUUCGGCCGGUUGAAAAACCUUGCUCAUGAGGCUAUAAAGAAGCGCGACGAGUGUACCAGACAACGCGACGAGGCCUUCCGCGAGAAGGAAGAAGCUUCUAGAACGAUUGAGAAGUUGUCGGGCGAGCUCAGCCUGGCGAGGACGGAAAAAGAUGAAAUCUCAAAGCAGAGAGAUGAGUUUCACAAGCAGUUGGAAGAAGUAAUGAAAGCUAAAGAGUCUGCUAGGGUGGAAAUAGAGACGGCUGCUUCAAUGCUAGUGACUGGGAUCGACAAGAUUUCAGGAAAAGUAAGCCAUUUUAAGAACUUUGCUGCUGGUGGGUUGCCUCGGUCGCAUAAAUACACCGGCUUGCCUGCUGUAGCUUAUGGUGUGAUCAAAAGAACAAAUGAGAUUGUGGAGGAGAUGUUGAGGCAGGUGGAAUCGGCUGCUAAGGGGAGGAAUGAGGCUCGGGAACUGAUGGAACAGAGGAACUAUGAGAUUGCUAUUGAGAUUUCGCAGCUUGAAUCAACAAUAAGCUCUUUGAGAGAGGAGGUCUCGAAGAAAAAUACCCUUGUAGAGGAAUUGCAAAGCUCCGUGGCCGAGAAAGAUGGGAAAUUUUCUGAAUUAGAAAGCCAGAUGGUUGACAAACUAAGUGCAUCGGAAACUGAAGUGUUAGGAUUGAAGAAGAAGCUUGUGGAGUCUGAUGGUAAAGCAAGCAGUUUGGAAUCGAAAAUGGAUUUGCAAAGGUCAUUAUUGGCCGAACAACUUAAUUAUGUAUCCAAAAUACACCAAAACAUUUGUAAUGUUAUAAAGGUAGUUGACAGUAAGAAGUCAUCUGAAUUGUCAGAAUCUUUGUUUCUUGCUCAGCAAAUGGAUAUGGAGGAGAAUAUUAGGGCUUCUUUGGCUGGUUUGGACUCCAUAAAUGAAUUAACUCAAAUUGUGGUUGAUAAAACAAUAGAAUUUAUGGACGAGAGGAACCAUGAAGUGAAAGGCCUUAAUGAAACUGUUUCUCAACUAAUGAAGGAGAAGGAGCAGAUUGGGUCUUUACUAAGAAGUGCUUUAUCCAGAAGAGCUUCGGCAGAUUUGUCAUCAAAAACAAAUGAACUCUUUAAGAUAGCUGAAAAUGGAUUAAAAGAGGCUGGAAUAAGUUACAAUUUUAGCGGUCAUCUUAGGGAAGGAAAGGUUACUGCUUCUGAUGAUAGAGGUCAUGAUGAUGUUGGUAUUGUGGACACAGAAGAUGAUAUUUAUGCGCUGGCCGGGGCAUUAGAGAACAUUAUCAAGCAAUCCCAGCUCGAGAUUAUUGAGUUCAAACAUUCAGUGGAAGAGUUGAGGACAGAGUCAAGUUUACUUAAUAAGCGUGUGGAAGCUCAUGCAAAGGAACUCAUCCAUUGGAAGCAACGUGUAGAGGAACUUGAGGAGAAGGAAAGGGUUGCCAAUGAAAAUGUUGAAGGCCUUAUGCUCGAUAUUGCUGCCGCUGAAGAAGAAAUUUCAAGGUGGAGAAUAGCAGCAGAAGAAGAAGCUGCAGCAGGGAAAGAUGUCGAGCAAAAAUAUAUGGCACAGUUGUCUGCUGUUCGUCAGGAACUUGAAGAGGCAAAGCAGGCUGCCAUAGAGUCUGAGAAAAAGCUCAAGUUCAAAGAAGAAACAGCCGCCGCUGCAAUUGCCGCCAGAGAUGCUGCCGCGAAAUCACUGGCGCUGGCGGAUUCAAGGGCAACAAGGCUGAGGGACAGAGUGGAGGAGCUCAGCCGCCAGCUUGAGGAGUUGGAUUCCGGGGGGACAUUCACUUCUGGUUUAACCAGACCUAGAUAUAUAUGCUGGCCAUGGCAAUGGCUAGGCCUUGAUUUUGUAGGCUCUAGACCUGCUGAAACACGAGAAGAUAACGCGAACGAAAUGGAGCUUUCUGAACCCCUUCUUUGAUUAUUAUAAUUUUUUAAAAUAAAAUUGUUAUCCUCCUAAUGUUCAGCUUAUUGAUUGAUUCUAUUGUGUGAUCUGUAUAUUCUGUGUGCAUAUUUAUAUAGAUGAAGGCCAUCCAUUGGUGAAGUCAAAGGAAAAAUGAAGAUUUGCUACCUCCACCAAAUUUCAGCUGUUUUGUUAACUAUGUUGAGAUAUAUCUUUUUUUUUUGGCUAGUCUUGCCAAACACUAAUUAAGCUAUACAUAUUUU